UAAUUUAAAAUUUUUUUUCAAUUUUUGUGUAUUUAAACAAAUUUAUAUAUAAUUUCUAAGAACCUCGAUUUCGUAUUCUACAGUAAUUCAAACAAUUAUUGAUUUAUUUAUAUUUAUUUUUAUGAGAAAACGUAACAAAAUUUAAAAAAAACAAAAAAAAAAAAACAGAAAAAAAAAUAGGAAAGAAAUUUUUCCUCUUUGAAUUUAUUUAAUUUUAAUUUUCAUGUAAUUAAGAUAACUAAAAUAUAGUACAUGGUAAAAAUUAAAUAAAGUGAUUUAAAAAUAUAUAAUUUCUGCUUCCUUAGAAUAUAAAAUUUUAAUUUUUUGCAUUCUUUUGCGCCAUAUCCAUCCAUUUUUACGACAAUCGAUCAAUCCAUUAACGAAUGCUAAAUUUCAUUAAUUUUUUAUGAAAACAAUGUAAUUAAGUAGCAAGUUAUUACCCGCACACGUUUUCUAUCCGCAUGAUAAUAUUGUCUGUGUUUAAUUUAAUCUCCACAUAAAUGUGAGAAUAUCAUUAUUACCGCAUUUUUCGGACUAUAACAAACUUCAAAUUUUUGUAAGAUGAUUUCUUAGAAAAAUAUAUUUUAAUAUUACUAAAAUAACUAAGUACUAGCAGUAUUCACUUCAUCUUCACUCGUCUCACUAAUUUUUACCUUCAUUUGAAUUAUUGUUUUCACUCCUUUCAAACCUCAAGUUGAAAUAAUGUUACUUUUGAAUCAUAAGAUUCCUCCAAAAUUUGGGUCCAUUUUUCUAUGUAAAAAUUUGCGUAGUACAGACCGAAAAAAACAGUAUAUAGGUAAACAAAAUCAUGAUAAGAGUAAAGAUGGCAUUAAUAUGAUCCAACUCAUUAAACAUUAACUAAACGAAUGCAAAACUAUUAAUCAAGAUGUAUAUAUAUGUACAUAUAUAUAUAUAUAUAUGAAUUGAAAUAAUCACAAAACUAUUUGAAUAGAUAAAUUUUUUUUCUUAACAAACUAUGAAAUUCCUAUUGCAACGAGUACUGCAACGCAAACAACUAUCAAGAAAAUUCAUUUCACUUAAUCUCUAUUCUCGUAAAAGUGCAUAAACACGAACUUGGCAACUCUAAAGACAAUGUGUUUUUGCGAUUGCUGCGAACGCUAUUUAAAAUGAAAUGUCAAAUAAAUUCCAUUCUUUUAUAGUAAGAGCGUCAUUAAACAUUGAAUUACACGUGAGAAUUUUUUAUUCGAAAAACAAAUAUAUUUAACAUGUAAAUAUUUUAAUUUUAUGUGGAGAAAAAGCAUAAAAGUAUAUAUUUAUAUAAAAGUGAUCUUUUUAAGUAAAUAAAAAUUGAAAAAUCUUCCAAAUCUAACAAAUAUUCCGUUAUACCGCUAAAUCGAAUCGUCGGCAAUAUGUGAGGUUAAUAAAUAAAUGCGCAUACAUAGCUCUAUAGAGAAAUAGAAAAUAAAAAAAAAAGACUGUGAUUAACUAAGCAAUCCGGGGGCAAAAAGUGUGAAUGUAUGAGCAAAAAUUUGAAAAAAAAGAGAUAUAAAAGCAGAAAGGGCAGCGUCGUGAACACGUUUUUCUGCAAAGUGCGGUAAGCAAAAGUUGAAAGAAUUUCAAAAAAAUAAAAAUAUAUAAAUUAUGUGAGAAAAGCGAUUCGAUAUAAUUAAAGUGAACUGAAAGGAAUACCAUUGAAUGUUUUAAGUUUGACAAUAUACUACGAUAUGGACUCAAGACUUUUAAAUGUUAUUUAUGAUGAUCCAUUUGAUGGCAAUUAUGCCAGUUAUAGUAAUGAGACAGAUUUUUGGUCAAGCGGCAGCGACACAAUGGGUUUGCAACUUACGGAGACCUUGCAUGGUAUAUUACCAAUAGCACCCACAGAAGAUUUCCACAAGGAGAAUAUACAGAAUUUAAAUAAAAACUUGUUUAAUUAUCAAGAUUUUGCUGAAGAACGCGUAACAGCAAAUGGAGCCGUCGAUUUAAUAACAAUCGACGAUCCUAUUACCGAUAUGUGUGCCGAUAUAAAGAAGGAGCGAGAAAUCGAUGAAAAUCACGAUGACGAGACUUUAGCUACAUACGAUCAGUGUAGUAGUAAUGAGACAUUUAGGACCCGCACCGACAGCUCCUCUAUCGGUGAUUACGAAUCGCAUUCUAGCGAUUACGAUGAUGAGGUAGCAAAUGAUUUUGAUAAUUGUCCAAGUGGAACGCAGCAAAUUUCGAAAGAAUGUAUACUACAAUCGAGUGCUGAUGACUUACUUUUAGAAAAUUUUAAUAGAUUUUCACCGAAAUUAACAGAAAACAUUGGUAAAACACGUACUAUCAGCAAUAAUUCGAAUGUUUCCGAUGUCGAUGGCUUAGGUUUAAGUAUUGACGCAAAUAAUUUUGAUUUGGCCGAAUUUAUAACAAAAGAUGAUAUAGGCGUAAAUUCAACGCUGGACACCUUAAUCAUUAAAGAUUCUGGCUCGAUAAACGCAAUUUAUUUGCAACCAUCAACGGUUCAGGUAAUAUCAUCGAAACAUGAUGAUGAAUGCGAUUCGGAUUCGGAUAUUAUUGUGGAUAUUGAGACAGUAGAAAACGAUGAAAACACUGAAAUGAAACCCAUCCCAGAAUUAUUGAAUCCCCGUUUACCUGCGGACUUUAUAAACGAAGAUGAUAAUGAAUAUGUGGAUAAUGUUAAAGCCGAUCCUUCGUGGAGUCCAUCGUACAAUGGCAAGAAAUUGGAACCUCCAUCAAAAGAGAUUAAAUGUAUUCCGCAAAAGUAUUCAAUGCAAGGCUUGAACAAAAAAAAUGGGGAAAAACUGAAAGAAAAAUCGUAUGAAUCCAAAUGCAAGUCAACACAAAAAUCAACUAAAGUUUUACCGAAAAAAUUAAAUAAACCAAUAAAUAGCCAAACUAAUAGCAAAACAUGCGAAAAUACAAAAUCCAAACUAGGCAUAGGUAUGGGCGGGAAAAAUUUAGCUUUAAUAAAACACGAACGCGACAGUAUAGCAGAGCAAAAAUGUCCAGACAAAAAUUUGUCUGACCGGGAUCCUAGACAAGCAGUGAAGAUUGUCAAAUCUGAACAAAAGUCGCCAGAAAAGUCGGUGAAAAGGAAACUUAAUAUCGAAGAAUAUAAAAAGAGACGUGAAGAACCGCAGUCAGCUAAAAAUACAGCGAAUAAGGACAACACCCUGGAUACACAUAACAAGGUGAUUAAAUUAGAAAAGACAAUUGACGAGGAUAAACGUCCUCCGUUCACCGUCGGUGGCAACUUAAUAAUCCCUAGCGGUCACAGCGAACAAGUGUCGUCUAUCGUGAAAAGCCUUAAAGGGAAUCAAUGUACUACUCCAGUUGCUGAUCCUAUAACUGAAGCCAAGAAAAAAGUUUUACGUAUGCAGGAAUUAAAACGAGCUCAACAGUUACGUAUUAUCGAUUCAACAAUAUCAGCUAAAGUGCCAAAAGUAACAAAACUGUUGCCAUUGCGUGAAAUUGUUAAAGACACACCUUACUUGAAUGAAAAAGAACGCAACGAAUUAAAUGCAAAUGCGUCAAAUAAAACUCAUCCUGAAUAUGAAGAAAUUAUAAUUGAAUCAAUCGGUUGUAAUACGGAUAUAUCUAUAACACCUUUAUCCAAGUCAACUACAAUUACUGUCAAUAACGCUUCACGUUCCAUACUAAAAUCGACGGCAUUGCUUUCUACUAUUUCGAAUACCUUUCAAAAAGUAAAAGCUUCAGAAAAUGUGCGAAUAUCGACGAAUUCCCUAAUAACUAGUAUACAGGAUGUUGUUGUUAAGAAGAGUUUUCCUAUAGAAAACGAAAUCUUGGGUAAAGGUGAAUGUAAAAAUUCUGGUUUAAAAAAUGUUGGUAAACCAGCUUAUCAUGGCGAGGAUAAAAUAAUUAUGCAUCUACGUAAGGAUAGAAUACGAAAGUCAACCUCUACAGUUGGUGCACAAACCGAUUUGCAACCAGAAUUUCCGCCAUUGUCAUUGCUGCGAAGCAGUCACAAACGUAAGUCGCGUGGUCGACUGCGAAAACAUGGCAAACGUAAUUAUCGGAAAACUCAACACCAUAGCCCAUCUGCUUCGUCAUCUAUUUCUGCGGAUUCGUCUCCUUCGCAACGUUCAAAUAGUUCCAAGUCCUCGGAGUUGUCACGGGCGAAUUCAUGUCGAUCGCGAGAUGAAAGCUACUCUUCUUCGGUGGAGCGAACGCGUAUAUACGAUGGUGCUGUUGGCACGGGUGGAUAUUCGUCUCGCAGCAGUCGUCGUCAUCGUAGCUCGAUUAGUUCCUCUUACUCUGAAUCAGUCGAUCAAGUUGCAAGUUAUCGUCGACAUCGCCGCACCAGCUAUAAGCAACGUUCACGCAAACGUUCUCGUUCACCUUACACUUCUAGCACAGACACAUCCGACUACGAACGUUCUCACAGUCCUACCUAUUCAAGACGUUCGCGUUCACGUUCGAAUUCGCGUCAUCGUGUUCGAUCAAACUAUAAAAGCAGUAAUACAAGCAAUUGUUUUAGUAAUAACGUUCCCCAACCUGCGGUGGAAGAGCGUCGCAUUGUCUACGUUGGCCGCAUCGAACAGGAAACUACCAAAGAAAUUCUAAAACGUAAAUUCUUACCUUAUGGCCACAUCAAACAUGUUAGCAUACAUUACAAAAAUACUGGAAUGAAAUACGGUUUUGUUACCUAUGAACGGGCUCAGGAUGCUUUUGAUGCAAUUGAUAAUAGUAGUCGCGAUCCGCAAAUUAAAAUGUACGAUGUAAGUUUCGGUGGUAGGCGGGCAUUUUGUCGUGCUUCUUACGCUGACUUAGAUAAUGCUGGCAUUAAUUCCUAUCAAGCCUAUGUAUAUCCAAAGGCUACAACUAAUCUACCUAAAAAGGAAGAUUCAUUUGAAGUUUUACUCAUGAAAAUGAAGGCUAAGCUUAAUGCUAACAAAUCAUCUGAGAGCGUUACUACUAAGAGCAGUAAAAUUUGACGAAUAUAUUUACGGAUGAAAAAAAGAGUUAAAAUUACGUUUUGGUUUUAAAGUUCAUUAUAAAUUUAAACUUUUUCCUCCCCCCGAGACAUUUUGUUAGUAUAUUUUCAAUUUGAUUUUCUACUACUUGUCUUUCACCUCUUAUUGAUACCCACAUUAAUUUGCGUAAAUUUAGAAGAUUGUAUUUGCAGUAAGUGCACUGGCCAAUAAUGUAGAUGAUUUGUGCAAUCAAAUAGCUUUAAAUUUAGUCCAACUACACAACUAAGAUUGAAGAAAGAAACUUUCUAACCAUAAUCCAUAAUCGCUAGACUUAAUCGCUAUACUACCGAUUUGUCUUGACGGCUAAGGCAUAGGUGAUUAUGUUCUCGACAUUUUCCACCAAGUUCUAGUUUUCUUUUUCAAUUAUGUAGUGUUUUUUUUUUUUUUGCUACUCAAGAAACAUUUGGUCGCGUCAAUCAAUAUAAAAUCAGACGAUGUAUCAUUAAAUCCCUUUUUCAUGCAAAAGACUUCACUUGACAAAAGACAGACUUGACUUAUUCUAUAAAUAAGAGAAAGCUAUCGGCAUUUUAUGUCAGUAAUCGGUUAGUUGAUAAAUAAAGUGAUGUCUCAAUAAUUUCCAG